AUGGCCAACGACGCACGAACGGGCGUCUUUGACAUUUCCAACAAGAACCUAAAACUCGACACAGAACAGGACAUUGCGCCCUACAUCUCUCAGCUCGAGAAGAUAGAACCUCUAUAUGAGAUUCAUCUCUCGGGCAACACGUUUGGUGUGGGCGCAUGCCAGGCACUGGCCGAGGUGCUCAAGAAAAAAAAAACACUCAGAAUCGCCGGCAUGUCAGAUAUUUUUACAGGUCGGCUUAUUACAGAGAUUCCUGACUCUUUGCGUGCUCUUUGUGAUGCACUUGUAGAUCAUGAAGAACUUGAGGAAAUUCACCUCUCAGACAAUGCGUUUGGUGGUCGCUCGUCUGAACCGAUGGUUAAUCUGCUCACAAACAAUCACCAUAUUCGUCUUUUGAAUUUAAGUAACAAUGGUCUUGGCGUAACAGGUGGCACUAUCGUGGCCGAUGCAUUGUACGAGGCUGCCAAGUCGCUCAAAGAUGGUGAGAAGAGUGCCUUGCGCGUCGUGAUUUGCGGCCGUAACCGCUUGGAAAAUGGUUCUGCGCCUGUUUGGGCACGAGCUUUUGCUGCUCAUCGUGGUAUCACAGCGGUGCACAUGUACCAAAAUGGCAUCCGCAUGGAAGGCGUGCGCGCCCUGUGUCAAGGUCUUUCGCACUGCAAGGAUCUCGAAGUAUUGGAUCUACAGGACAAUACGGCGACACUAAGAGGAUCAAGGGCUGUUGCCAAUGCGCUGCCAAACUGGCCUCAUUUGCGUACUUUGAACCUAUCAGACUGUUUGCUCAAGUCAAAGGGCGGCUCGUUGCUAUUCGAAACCCUGAGUCUUGGUCUCAACAAAAAGCUCCAGACGCUGCAUUUGCAGUAUUGUGACUUGAAUCGCGGCUCGCUAGACAAACUGGGGCACGCUAUCGAACAGCAUCUUUCAGAGCUCGAGACACUUGAGAUCAAUGGUAACUUUGCUGACGUGGACGAUGAUUGUAUCUCUAAGAUCACAGCCUCCCUGAGCAAAUGGGGACAUGCUACAGCACUGGAUGAAUUGGAUGAAAUGGAUCCAGAGGGUGAAGAAGACGAAGACGAAGAAGAAGAAGAAGAAGAUAUUGGCGAAGAGGAGAAACCUGACCCCGAGGCCGAUAAACUCGCGGAUGAACUCGCCAAGACUCACAUCCAGUCCUAA